GUCACAUGUUUACUGGCUGCUCGAUUCCUUGGUUCUGUGCUUUCAGGGCCCGAUGCGAGUUUCGUUCUGGUCCAGUCUGGGAUGAACUGGACGGCGGCCCAGAGCUUCUGCAGGAAGCAGCACUCGGACUUGGCCAGCAUCAGGAACGAGUCCGAAAACCAGCAGGUCCAGCAGCUGGUGCCGGCAGGAACCAAAGUCUGGACCGGACUGUACCGAGACGGCUGGAAGUGGUCGGCUGGGAGCCUCUUCUCCUUCAGCUACUGGAAGAGCACCGAGCCCAACAACAACAACAACAAUGAGAAUUGUGUGUUGGCGACGUUUGACGCUCUGGGGAAAUGGGAGGACUGGUUGUGUGACGUAAAGAAAGCCUUCAUCUGCUCCACCAGUUUUGUUUUUCAGAAGGUUGUGUCUGUGAAGCUGGAGAAAACCUCCGGCCUGGAUCUGAACUCUGCAGCAGCGAUGGAAGAGCUGCUGAGUCAGCUGCUGCUGAAGCUGAAACAGGAAGGACUGGAUGCAGACGUGAAGCUGAGCUGGAGGAAACAGUCGGACGGAAACGUUUUCCACAAACCGAAGGAGAAAAAUCCGACGUCAGUCUGAGAGGAUCUGCUGCUUUCUUUAUGAAGUUAAUAAGUCUGAUUAUAUAAUGUUCAGACAUUCAGCAAUUAUAUUUAUUAUGUUCCUUUAGAAUUAAUAAAACGUUCAUUCAGGCAUUAAAAACAUAUUUAGUUCCUAGAUGUUGGUUUGUUGUAUUUAUGAUUAAUUGGUAGAUGGUGAGUCAGACCAGUGGAGCCAGUGAGAGAAACGAUGAUUUAAUGAUCGAAAAGCACAAUAAUCCAAAAUCCAGGCAGCACAGAAUGAGCAGAAGGCUAAUAGCUCAAUAGCAACGGGUCCAGCAACAGGGGGGCGGGGAGGGGGCAAACAUCUGGGCAAACAUCUGGACAAACAUCUGGGCAAACAUCUGGGCAAACAUCUGGGCAAACAUCUGGACAAACAUCUGGAGAAACAUCUGGGCAAACAUCUGGGCAAACAUCUGGACAAACAUCUGGACAAACAUCUGCUGCGACACGACAGCAAGACAAGAAACACAGCUGGGAUCAAUCAAGAGAUCAACACAGAGACUCAAUAGACAGAAAAACUCAAAUCCUCACAGAGCCUCUGAUUCAGAAGAAAAUCAUGAUUUCUCAUGUUUAUCAUUAUGUCUUAUUUGCAGAGAAGCAUAAAUUAUAUUCAGAUUGAACAGAUCAUUUCUCAUUAAUCCUCCUGCUGCUCCUAUUUAUGCUUCUUUAGUUUUUGACCUUUAGUUUCCACAAGUGACCACAAACUGGUUUGGACUUGACAAGGUUUCAGAUUUGAAGAAGUGGAGAGGAAUCCAGUCAGAAAAAGAAAACUAGCAAAGGAACUUCCUUAAAAAAAAAAGGAAAUUUGAAGAUUUCAUUUCGUGGGAACAAAAUAAAAAGUCAGAAAAUUCAACCACAGAAAACUUGUGGUUAGUUUGUAGAGCUGAACAACUGAAACAGAAAAUCUGAAACAUGAAGCUGGAUUUCAAGAACAGAAUGAAAAACUUGAGCUUCGCCUCUUAAACAUCAUCAGUUGCAUAAAACUGAUCUCAGCUGAUCAAAGAAUCAAAAUCAUCUUUGUCUUAUUAACUCAUUUUUACCUCAGUUUUAAAAAGCUUUACAUUUUUGUUAUUUUGAUUACAUUUAUUCCAGUUUUGACAUGUGAUGUUAUUUUUUCAUACUUAAUUUUAGAGACAUAAAAUAUUUUAUUCAAUGUAUUUAUUUACUGGUAAUAUAAUUAUAAUAUUAAAGUUCUAUAAACAUUGUGGAUAUUUGGUUGUCUGUUGGCAGCAUUGUGCUUCCUUAUACUUUAGUUGCUAUUGUGAGACGUAUGUUGAUGCUACAAGUCAGAAGCCAGGUAUCAUUAGCAUAUUCAAAAUAAAAAAAUUUU